UGAGGAGACACACCGCGGCUCCAUGGCUCCACACCGGUACUCCCCGUCCUCCGCAGCCGCAGUCCAGAGCGAGAGCAGCGGCGCCACGAGCAACUGCUACGGAGAGCCACAUGCAUUUGACCCGUCUUUCAAAGGACCCGUCCGCUCAAGGAGCUGCACAGACCUUCUGUGUUGUGUGCUCUUCGUCUUGGUGCUCUUCUCCUACAGCGUCCUGGGGCUCGUGGCCUGGCUCCACGGAGACCCCAGGAAGGUGAUCCACCCCACUGACAGCAGGGGCCAGUUCUGUGGGCAGCCGGGGACCCCCAACGAAGAUAAGCCGCUCCUGUUUUAUUUUAACCUCCUGAAAUGUGCCAACCCAGCCGUCCUCCUCCACCUGCAGUGCCCCACCACACAGAUGUGUGUGUCCCGGUGCCCGCACAGGUUCCUCACGUACUCGGAGGUGCAGCAGCAGCAGAGUCUGGGCCUGGGCCGGAGCUCCUGGGAGGACUACAGGAUCUUCUGUCGAGCGAACUUCAACAGCCCCCUCAAGCCCGUGUCUCAGGUGCUGCGGGACGAGGAUUGUCCCUCGGUGCUGGUGCCCAGUCGUCCAGUUCUGCGGAGGUGUCUGCCUGACCUCUCCUCUCACAAUGGCUCUGUGACUGUGGCCAACAGGACUCAGUUUGUGGACGCGCUGGAGAACGCUCGGAGCGUCUCAGAGCUACAGGAGGCCGCCAGGGGGAUCACAGGUCUGCUGGACACCAGGGAGAUGGGACUCAAGAUCAUGGAGGACUACGCCAAGUCCUGGUUCUGGAUCCUCAUGGGGCUCCUGAUGGCUCUGGUGGUCAGCCUGGUCUUCAUCCUGGUCCUGAGGUUCACAGCAGGUCUUUUGCUCUGGGUCACCAUCCUGGCCUUCAUCCUGCUGCUGGCCUACGGGAUGUGGGUGUGUGUUCUGGAGUUGUCCCGUCUGAGGAGCAGACCCGGCUCUGAGGUGACCAUCACUGAACUGGGCCUCCACACUGACCUGCAGCUGUACCUUCAGCUGCAGCAGACCUGGAUCCUCCUCUUGCUGUGUCUAGGCUCUGCUGAAGUGUCUGUUGUGCUGGUGCUGCUCUUCAUGAGGAGGAGGGUGCUCAUCGCCAUGGCCCUGCUCAAAGAGGCCAGCAGGGCCAUCGGGCAGAUCACCUCCACACUCUUCUACCCUGUGGUCACCUUUGUCCUGCUCACCUCCUGUGUGUCCUACUGGGCCCUCACUGCUGUACACUUGUCUUCUUCAGGGAAGGCCGUGUACAAAGUCAUGGCUCCGGACGAGAACUGUCCUCACGCCAACAGCACCUGCAACCCCGAGACCUUUAGCCGCUCGUUCGUGCACAGCGCCCCCUCCUGUGCUGGAGCUCAGUGCCUUUUUGCCUUUUACGGAGGAGAGACGCCGUUCCACAGACACCUGCCCCUGCUGCAAAUGGCCAACCUGCUGGUGUUCCUCUGGCUGCUCAACUUCAGCCUGGCCCUGGAGCAGUGCACCUUAGCAGGGGCCUUCGCCUCGUAUUACUGGGCCCGGAGGAAACCCCAGGACCUGCCCCCCUGUCCGGUCUACUCGUCCUUCAGCCGAGCGCUCAGGUACCACAGCGGCUCUCUGGCCUUUGGCUCUUUGGUCCUGUCUCUGGUGCAGCUGGUGCGCAUCCUGCUGGAGUAUCUGGAGACCAAACUCAGAGGACUGAACAACCCUGUGUCGCGCUUCGUCCUCUGCUGUCUGAGCUGCUGCUUCUGGUGCCUGGACAGAUUCCUGCGCUACCUGAAUCAUAACGCAUACAUCAUGGUGGCGCUGUAUGGGAAGAACUUCUGUACAUCUGCGCGUGAUGCCUUCUUCCUCCUGAUGAGGAACAUGGUCAGGGUGGCAGUGGUCGACCGCCUCACAGACGUCCUGCUGUUCUUGGGCAAAGUGCUGAUCGCUGCAGCAGUCGGGGCCGUCGCAUUCUGCUUCUUCACCAAAAAACUCCCCGUGCUCCAGGAAGAGGUCCCACAGCUCAACUACUACUGGGUCCCCCUGCUGACGGUGAUGCUGGGGGCGUAUCUCAUCGCUCACGGUUUCUUCAGUGUGUACGCCAUGUGUGUGGACACACUGUUUCUCUGCUUCUGUGAUGACCUGGAGAGGAACGACGGGAGCCUGGAGAGGCCAUACUUCAUGUCUCCAGAGCUUCACAGGAUUCUGGGAAAACCUCAAUGA